CCUUAAGAAUUUAACCGCCAUCGGUUCAGGCCAAAGCUUAAGCUUCGCUUCUCUUGCUUCCUGAGGUGAAGAGAGAGGAAGAAGAAAAUGAGAAAGAAGGUGGACGAGCGGAUCAGAACUCUCAUUCAAAAUGGCGUCAAAUUGAGGCACCGCUCUAUGUUCGUCAUCAUUGGUGACAAGUCGCGCGACCAGAUUGUGAACCUUCACUACAUGCUAAGCAAGGCAGUGGUCAAAUCCAGGCCAACUGUCCUAUGGUGCUACAAAGACAAACUUGAACUUAGCAGUCACAAGAAAAAGAGAGCGAAGCAGAUAAAGAAGCUAAUGCAGAGGGGACUGUUGGAUCCUGGGAAAGUUGAUCCUUUUUCACUUUUUGUUGAAACUGGAGGAUUAACCUAUUGCUUGUAUAAAGAUUCUGAAAGAAUACUUGGAAAUACUUUUGGAAUGUGCAUAUUGCAGGACUUUGAGGCUUUGACUCCAAAUCUUUUGGCCAGAACAAUAGAUACGGUAGAAGGUGGUGGAUUGAUUGUCUUGCUGUUACGGUCUCUCUCUUCACUGACCAGUCUUUACACCAUGGUCAUGGAUUUCCAAGAGAGGUUUCGUACUGAAUCUCACUCUGAGGCUGCUGGGCGCUUCAACGAGCGAUUCCUACUAUCACUUGCUUCAUGCAAAGCUUGUGUGGUUAUGGAUGAUGAACUUAAUGCUUUACCAAUUUCAUCUCAUAUAAGGUCAAUUACUCCAGUUCCAGUUAAAGAGGACGCAGAAGGUCUUUCAGAAGCAGAACGAGACCUGAAGAAUUUGAAAGAACAAUUGCAUGAUGAUUUUCCUGUUGGUCCUUUGAUAAAAAAAGUGUUGCACACUAGAUCAGGGAAAAGCUGUCAUCACAUUUCUUGAUGCAAUUUUGGAUAAGACACUACGUAGUACCCUUGCUUUGCUUGCUGCUCGUGGCCGUGGAAAAUCUGCUGCACUUGGUUAAGCAGUUGCUGGAGCCAUAGCAGCAGGAUAAUGAAAUUGUUAAAUUCUAUACUUUUCAUACUUCAUGUAUGCAUGCGAGUGUCUGUUAAUUCUUUCUUCUUUUUACUUUUAUUUUUAAAAAUUACGCUUCUCUUUACUAUUAUUCUAAUGAGAAAAAUCACCUUUAUAGGUAUUCAAAUAUAUUUGUAACUGCACCAAGCCCUGAAAAUUUGAAACUUUGUUUGAGUUCAUUUGCAAGGGUUUUGAUGCACUUGAAUAUAAGGUACAAUUUUCUCCCUCUCUUUUUGGAAGGCAUGCAAUAUUCCCUUAAUUAUACUAUGUCAUCCAUUUACACUCUAAUUAACAUGCUUUUUCUUUUCUGCAAUUUUUACAGUUGCACUUUUCUAUUUGAUGUGGUCUAAAACCAGCGAUAUAUUAUAACCGUGUUUCCUUCUUCUUCAACAUAUGUAAAUUAAGCAAUAUACUUCAUGAAUUUCAUAACAUUGUGAUAGCAUAUCAGUUGACCAUGUAAUCAUUAUUCUGUGAUCUGACAUGUUCACAUGUUUUAUGAUUGAUGAAGAAAUGGAGCCCAUUUGCAGUCCUGUGGGCUGACAAUGCAGUUAGCUCAGCUUAUAAGUUCAGUGAAAAAGCUAUAAUCUUUAGCUUUCUUUUUUGAGGAAAUAACAGUUAAAAUUUUCCUUUGAAGGAAAUACCAUUUAGCAUACCUUGCAGGAAAUAACAUCUAUUUCUAACCAUCUAUGUUUUGUGCUAUGAAUAUCCGGAUUUUGUUCAGCUUUUUUGUUAAGAGAACUUUUCUUCUUGUUCUGUUCUUUUUAAUAAAUAUUUUAUGUGUAUACCUGUUCUGUUUUAACGAGCAUAUCUCCACACGUGUUUAAUUGCUUAUAUUUUUGUGUUGUUUUUUUUUAUACAGUAUAUACAGCCACAUGAACAUCAAAAGCUCUCCCAAGUGGAACUACUGGUGGUUGAUGAAGCUGCUGCCAUUCCAUUGCCAGUUGUGAAGUCCCUGCUGGGUCCUUACCUGGUCUUCCUUUAAUCUACUGUGAAUGGGUAUGUUAUUGAUUUGCACUUUGGAGUCAUUUUUCACAUGAAACAAUCAGCCUCCCAGUGAGAGCUGAUUGCUCGUAUGUCCAUUUCCAACCAUGUUAUUUGUUUUCAUUUCUCAAAAGCAUGUUUGACUCACUACUUGAGUUUAGGAAGUCUAGUUCGU